UGGGGGGAUGGCAGCCGGUGGCCACGAGGCAAUGUGGCAGCGGGGCUGGUCCCAGCACGGCGAGGGACAGCAGGGCACUGCAGUGAGGAACCAAGAUGCUCCUUAAGGAGAGGAGCCACGCUCGGGCCGGGUGACGGAGCGCUGCGGACAAGAGUUCGCCGCUGAGCAGCAAGCCAUGCAGUAGGAGCCCAUGCUUCCCCCUGAGGAGUGACCCUGGUGUGUGCCACACAGCCCAGAGUGCUGCAGGACGAGACAGGACAUGCGCCGAAUCAGCUGCCUUCUUUCGGGACUCGCCAUCAUCCUCAGUGCCACCAGCACAGACAGUUUCACCCGGGUGGGCCGCAGGACCUGCGCUGCGGAGCCGCGGAGCCGCACAGCUGCCCACACCGAGUCCCACGUGCAGCCCGUGUACCUGCCCUACCUCACCACCUGCCAGGGCCACCGCCUGUGCAGCACCUACAGGACCAUCUAUAAGGUUGCCUACCGGCAGGUGUACAAACAGGUACCUCAGCCUGUGGCCUCGUGCUGUCCUGGAUGGAGCAGAACCAGCAGCUACGAGAUCAGCUGCAACACAGCUCUGUGCCAGUUGCCAUGCCAGAAUGGCGGCCGCUGCACCUUCCCUGGAAGAUGUGCCUGCCCGCCCGGCUGGAUGGGGCCUUCCUGCCAGACAGAUGCAGAUGAAUGUGCCAGCCGGAGCCAUGGGUGCAGCCAGCUCUGCGUCAAUACAGCUGGGAGCUUCCAUUGUGCCUGCUGGGAUGGCUUUAGCCUCGCUGCUGAUAACAAGGCAUGCCAGCCCGUGGUGCCAGGCCCCGAGCCAGGAACCUUCAGCCAAGCAGAUCCCUCCAGUGAAAUGAAGGAAGAAAUGAAAGACCUGAAAAACAGAGUGGAAGCACUGGAGCAGAAACUCCAGUUGGUGCUGGCUCCCUUCCACAACCUCAUGCCAUCUGCACCAGAGGACGUUGGCACAGACCCCAUCAGCCGACUGUCCCACUCCCUCCAGCAGCUGGACAGAAUUGACUCCUUGAGCGAGCAGAUCUCCUUCCUGGAGGAGCGGCUGGAGACGUGUAAGUGCCUGCAAAGAGGAGGGGUGAAGCAUUGCACUGUCCCCAUUUUCCCCCCACACAUUCAAACACCACUGACACAGCCUCAGACCUCAGUGCCACAGCUUUGCUCGGGGCUGUUUGUGCCACGGAUCUUGGCUGUGGAGAGCAGAUGCAAGCCAGCAAGAUCAGUAACACAUAUAUCACUAUUAAUCUUGAUCUUCCCUCAAACUCAGCAGCCUGUAAUUAAUAAAAGAUGAAUUGGC